AUGGAGCCGGGCCCCCGGCGGAGCCCCGCCGCCCGGCCGGGCUGUGCGCGGAGGUGGCGGCGGCGCUGGGCGCUGCUGGGCGCGCUGCUGGGCGCCGCGCUGUUGCUGUACGCCUGCCUGCGGGAGCUGCGGCGGCACGGCUCGGCGGCGGGCCGGUCCGAGGGCGAGGUGACCGUGCUGCUGUGGUGGGAGCCCUUCGGCCGCCCCCGGCGCCCGGCCGACUGCCGGCGGCGCUACAACGUCACGGGCUGCCGCCUGAGCGCCGACCGCGGGCGGUACGGCGAGGCGCGGGCCGUGCUCUUCCACCACCGCGACCUGGCGCUGCACGGCGCCCAGGGGCUGCCCCGCGGGCCCCCGCCGCGACCCCCGCGGCAGCUGUGGGUGUGGAUGAACUUCGAGUCGCCCUCGCACUCCCCCGGGCUGCGGGGCCUGGCCGGGCUCUUCAACUGGACCAUGUCCUACCGGCGGGACUCGGACGUCUUCGUGCCCUACGGCUAUCUGUACGUGCCGCCGACGCCGCGGCCCUUCGUGCCGCCCCGCAAGAGCCGGCUGGUGGCCUGGGUCAUCAGCAACUGGAACGAGGAGCACGCCCGCGUGCGCUACUACCGGCAGCUGAAGGAGCACCUGCCCAUCGACGUGUACGGGGCGCGCGGGAUGGCGCUGCUGGAGGGCAGCGUGGUGAAGACGGUGUCGGCCUACAAGUUCUACCUGGCCUUCGAGAACUCCCAGCACACCGACUACAUCACCGAGAAGCUCUGGAGGAACGCCUUCGCCGCCAGCGCUGUGCCCGUUGUCCUUGGCCCCCGCAGGGCCAACUACGAGCGCUUCAUCCCCGCCGACUCCUUCAUCCACGUGGACGACUUCCCCAGCCCGCGGCUGCUGGCCACCUACCUGAAGUUCCUCGAUAAAAACAAGCCCAGCUACAGGAGGUAUUUCGCCUGGCGGAACAAGUACGACGUCCACGUCACGUCUUUCUGGGACGAGCAUUACUGCAAGGUGUGCGAGGCCGUGAGGACGGCGGGGGAUCAAUUGAAGACGGUACGGAAUCUGGCCAGCUGGUUUGAAAGCUGAUGUUCCCGAGGCGAGCUCAGCCAGCUUCUCCCAACAGCGAAUGCACUGAGGUACAGGGAAACCCUGUGAGACCUCCUGCCUGCCAGAGCCAGUCUGUCCUCAGUGAGAAAAGCAUACAGAUAGAGGUAAACAAACGAAGAAGAAGAUUUUUAUUACGGUGCAAAAUGAAAUUACGGAGAAGCAUCAGGCAAGGCGAUUCUGCAAGAGCGAAGCUAAACUUUCAGCAGUCGUGCUGGUCUGAAACCUUUGCAGUUGUUUGCAGAAUAACCUAUGCCAAGUCCUUCAGCUGUGCAGCUGGAACCAAUUUUGUCAGCUAUGACAGCUUCCUGGACCGUGAAACUUUCUUUUGCGUAUGGGGGAUACGCGAUCAGUGCUGGCUUUCUGCGUUCCAAAGACAAAAGCAAAUAUUUCCAAUGGUGAUUAUUAUGAAAAUCAGAGCUAUUUGCUGACAAAUGCUGAGCCACAAAUGUUGAACUUAAGAAUGUGAUGAUACGGUAGCACUUUUUAGCAGUUUUAAAUUGCAGCAGCCAAAUAAUAAUUCUUUGAGCCAAAUAAAAAUUCCAUGUAGGAAAAAGGGUAUGGAAGGGUUUGAGUGGAACAAACAGCUCAGAUGGCAGAAAGUAUUUAUUGUGAGCACAGUUGUCCUUUUUGAAAGCAGAGAAGAGCUUCAAGUACAGGAAAAGACAGAAGGCAGACAGAAAGCAGGAACAUUUCCACCCUCCCUUUAUUCAGGAAUUAGAGAAUGUUUACAGGAGACUGCAUGUUUUUCAAUGCAAGAUUACUGCCAUAUAAGAAAAAGCAGGGAAAGGCUCAAGAUGGCAGGGUUUUAUUGCUGUACUCAAUCUGUACAUGGGAAGGCUAACUUUCUGUUGUGUGUACAGCAAUAAUGGCAACAAAGAUACCAAAGUUAAGUCCCCAAAUGCUACCUCCCAGAAGGAGAAUUACUGUAGACAGUAAGGUCUAAACUGCUGCUGAAACACAGGUUAUAUGAAGGAAGUAUAUGAAGAGAAAGAAGAAAGUUACUGUUCUUUACAUUUGGUUUUGGGGAUUUCCUCCACCUCAUUUUUUUUUUCAGUCUGUUCCUAGAACUCUAGGCUGCCACUUCCUCACGCGGUCUGCCCAGAGCAUUGCAGUUCUUCCUUUGCUGGCUGCCACAGUGGAAUAAAAUCAAGGGCACCAGGCAGGUGGGGAGAGAAGAAAGUUAGAUGCAAGUGAAAGCUCAAUGUGUGAGAUUUAUUUAGGUUAGAAUGGGAUGAGGUUUGAUUUGAGCAAUGAGGGCUGCCAGGUGGAUGCUGUUGAAACUUAGCAGCUGCAUUUUAAGUUACCUGUGCCCAGUAAUUGUGUAAGUGUGGAACUGAAGAAUAUUGGGAAAAAAAAUCUGUUACAGUGUUACAGCUUAUGAAUACUUUUGCACAGGUUUGCUGGGGCAGAGCUUGGAAGGCCCUGCUUUUAUUGUUAUCUGCUUUUGUGCAGGGAAAGAUGGUUAAAAGCACUUCUGAAUGUGGCUGUUGUUUGUGCCAGAGCUGCCGGAGAGAUUUUAUUGGGAAAGCAGAGGACUCAGUGCAAUGCAGGGUGUUGUUGGGGUGUUCCUGAUGCUGUGCUUUAAUUCCAGCUCUUCUGAAAGGGUUGUUCAGAGCACAGUCGUGAUCCUCACUUGCAAGAUCUUCUGCUGCCCUGCCAGCUGGUAAAAUAAAUUGGUUUUUAUUAUUCUAAAAGUACAAUUCCAAGGAUAGCAUAAACCUAACAGCUGAGUGCCAGGAUAAUACAA